CAACACAAACCUCCCCUUUCAGUACUGCGAGACUUUUUUUUUGAAAAUUUCAUUUAGCAAAUCUUAAUCUUUCAGCCUUCAGACAACAGUCAAGUGUGGUCCCACAUGACAAUGUCUCAUCAAAUACAUUAUUUGGGGUUCGUUCUCUUGUAUAUCCUAAUGGUAACAGCAGAUCGAGACACUUGCCCAGCUUCUAACAGAAUUCAUGGGACUCCUGGUCGGCCUGGAAUUCCUGGACUUCCUGGAAAAGAUGGCUUGGAUGGGUUUCCCGGGCAGAAAGGGAAUCCAGGUCCUCCUGGAUCGGUUGGCACAACCAGCAGUAAAGGAGAGAAAGGUGAACAAGGCAUUGAAGGCCCGCCUGGCAAAGUCGGACCUGAUGGUGAGAGCGGAGAAAAGGGAGAAAAGGGUGAAGCAGGAAAGAGGGGCCAGAAAGGAGAUGUAGGAGAUAUGAGUGCUCAGAAGUCGGCCUUUUCCAUGGCAAGAAACACUGAUAAGCCACCACGAAAAGGGUCAACGAUAAUAUUUGAAAAGCGGAUCAGUAAUGAACAAAACCAUUACUCUCCUAGGUCAGGAAGAUUCAUGUGUCAUAUCCCAGGCCUGUAUUACUUCACAUACCAUGCAACUUCAAAAGGAUAUCUGUGUGUUGACUUAAUGUAUAACAGGGUAAAGGUGGUCACUUUUUGUGAUCAGGUUUACAACUCGUUCCAGGUCAGCUCAGGGGGAGUCGUUCUUAAACUGAAUACAAAUGAUAUUGUCUAUCUUCAAGCAACAACCUCCAAUUCGAUACGAGGACAGCAGGGAGCUGACAGUGUCUUCAGUGGAUUCCUCAUAUUUCCCGACUAAAAGGCCAACUGCUAAUCAAUCAGAGUUGCCUCAUACAUCAGGGAAAAUGGCCCUUCUGCACAACUAAUCCAUACUAAGCAUGGUGCACACUUACCCCCAAACUGAUCCCAUUUGCCCGUGUUUGGCCUAUAUCCCUCUAAACCACUCAUAUCCAUGUACUUAUCCAAAUAUUUCAUCGUCCAUGCCUCAACCAUUUACUUCAGCUGUUACACCACUCUCUGCAUGAAGAAGUUUCCUCUCAGGUCCCCUUUAGAUUUCUCACCUCUUAACUUAAACCUGUGCCCUAUAGUUUUUAUUUCCCUUUCCCUGUGAAGAAGACUACAUGCACUUCAUGAUUUGAUAUGCCUCAUUAAUGUUAGCCUACAUUCCAAGAAAUAAAAUCCUAGACUGCCCCAGUGCUCCCUGUAAUUCAGGUCUCCGAGCACUGGCUGUAUCCUUGUAAAUCUCUCUGCACUCUCUCCAGUUUAAUGAUAUAUUUCCUAUAAAAGGGUGAUCAAAACUGUGCAUAAUACUUUGAGUGUGGUCUCACCAACAUCUUGUGCAAAUGCAAAAUAACAACCCAACACAUUUGUGUUCAGUGCCCUUACUGCUGAAGACCUGUGUGCCAAACAACAUUUUCACUACCUUGCCUCCUUAUACCACUUUCAGUGAACUAUAUGCUUGUCCUUCUAGGUUUCUAUGUCCACAACACUCUCCAGUGCCCUACCAUUCACUGUGAAUGUCCUGUCCCUGGUUUGAGUUCUCUAGGAUUUGUAUGUUCUCCCUGUGACCACAUGGGUUUCUUCUGAGUGCUCUGGUUUCCUCUCACAGUCCAAAGAUGUACUGGCUGGUAGGUUAAUUGAUCAUUGUAAGUUAUCCCAUGAUUAGGCUAAAGUUAAAUCUGGGAUUGCUGUGCGGCGCAGCUUGUAGAGCUGGAAGGCGGUAUCUCAAUAAUUAAUUAAUAGAUAAAUAAAAAAGUAACAAAUUUCACUUAUCUGAAUUGAAAGCCAUUUGCCAAUUCUUAGCUCAAUUACCCAGCUAAUCAAGACACUUGGCAAGUUUUCAUAACCAUCUCAACACCACUUAAUUUAGUAUCAUCUGCAAAUUUAUAAACCAAGCCUUGUACAGUCACAUUCAAAUCAUUUCUAUAAAUUAUAAACAGAGAAGUUCCCAGCACCAAUCCCUGUGACACACCACUAGAUACAGGCAGAGAAAAAACCUUCAAUUAUCACCCUCUGCUUCCAACCAACCAGCCAGUUAUGAAUCCAGUCCACCUUUUGGAUCCCAUGUGAUCUAACCUUCUGGGUGAGGCUGCCAUGCAUGCCAUGUCAAAGGUCUUGCUGAAAUUCAUAUAAAUAACAUCCACUGCCCCACCUUCAUCUAUUCUCUUGUGAUAGGGCUUUCAGAUUUAGCAGACAUGCCUUCCCAAGCAUAAAGGCAUGCUGACUACCCCUAAUCAGGCCAUGUCUGUCCAAAUAUUGAAAGAUCCCAUCUCUCCAAAUCCCAUCCAGUAACUUACCCUUCAGUGAUGUCAGACUCACUAGCCGGUAGUUCCUUGGAUUGCCUUUUACUGCCCUUCUUAAAUAAAAAAAACAACAUUAAACCACCCUCCAAUCUUCUGGAACUUCACUUGUAACUAAAGAUGAAGUAAGUAUCUCUGCAAGGGCCUCUACACUUCCUUCUCUCGCUUCUCACAAAAUCCGAACAUGUAUCUAUGCGUAUGUGCUUUAAAGGUGUGACUACCUCAUCAUUGGUAAUUCUUAUGUGCUCCAAGCCAACACCACUCAUUUCCCUCAAUUCUUCCCACAAUUUCCCUCUUUUUCUCCAUAGUAAAGACUGACACAAAAUAUUCUUUAAAGAUCUCACUUGUCUCCUGGGUCUCCAUGCACAGAUAACCAUGCUUAUCUUCAAGAGGACACUUUCUUUCCCAAACCACCCUUAUACUCUUAAUAUACGGUUCAUAUAGAACCGCUGUGGAAGGAAGGUUGAAAUUGUAUUUCAGAAACAAGAAUUUGGGAUGACAGCAGUGAACAACUAACACUGAUAUCUGAAAUUUCCCUGCUUAAUAUUAAUGAGGACAUUUAACAUACUUAAAAAGAAAAAGUUAUUGUCUUCAUUGAAGAGUUUUCAGAGAUACAGCUUUAUUUGAAGACCUCAAAAAUGACAUUGUAGUAAUUCUUCUUUCUUUGAUCACAUAAGCUAAUGCCAAAUUAUUUUAAAAGUUAUUGUCUUUGGCAUGUUUCUGUCAUUCAAAC